AAAGAGAGAAUUCCAGAUCCCCCGCCACGUCACCAAACGCGCUUUUGUGAAAAGUCCCUUACAAAAGCCAAACUCGAAAACCCCGAUCGCCAAAAUCCAAAAUGUCUUCAGCUUAUUCUUCUUCAUCGGUCUACACCUGCACGGAGUGCGGAGCCAACCUGAACCUGAACGCCGCCUAUCUCUACCCGCCGGACGUUUACUUCGAGGCCGGGAACAAGAACACGCUGUCGUUUUCGGGCAUCGACACGACCAAGUUCCGGUUCGAGAAAGAGGACAAGAUCAGGCCCUUCUGGGAGACCCGAAACUAUUGGGGGAUCCAACGGACGAGGACCAAGAUCAAGUGCAACGGGUGCGGGCGGCUGGUCGGACACGUGUACGAUGAUGGGCCGCCGAUGAUGGAGGGGAACGGGCAGUUUGGGUUUGGGCCCAGCCAGGUUAUUCCCAGGGCGGCUAGGUACCGGUUCAAGAUCAAGGCCUUAAGGGUUGCUUCUCAAACUUGAGUUUGGGAACAUUUGUGUAAUGAGAUCACUUUUACUGUAAAGAACGUGACAUUUUUGGUUAGAUGAAUAAGGGAUUUCAAUUUAUGCUUCAAUUUUUUUGUAAUUUUUCUUAAUCUAUUACCUCUGAAAAGUUGAUGAACCUAAAUCGAUAGUUGUUCCAGAUAUCAAAAUUGUGUCGUGUCUUUUUGAUAUUUUAUAAAUUUGAAAUACC